AUGGGCAUCCCUGUCCACGACUCCAUGUUAGAGCCUACAGAAACAUACUGGAUGCUAUCAAAUUGUUUAUCAGUAUUUGGUUUUUCAGGAAUUAACAAAGAGGAAUCACAGAGGGUUGUAGAUGAUAUCAACAUGGGAAGACACUUUUAUGGAUAUUUCAAAACGUUAUACUCGAAAGUCAUGAACGAGGAGGACAUAGCAGCCCGUAACCUUGUCACAACCAACCUGGAAAAGGGUUCUGUGAGUUUAGGUACCAAGACUCUGUCGCUAAAUUUUAUUUCACGGAUUAAGAUUGAUCUUCACAUAGAAUUCGAUACGUGCCAAACAGCUUUAAGAGAGUGGUUUAUUUUUGGCAGCCCUCCAACUGCUUAUAUGACCGUUCUAGAUAAUAAAAACAUUGAGCUUAUGCAGGAAGAUCCCAUGACAAAUAGUAUAUUCAAAAUAUUACCGCAAUGCCAUGCUGCCCAACAUUAUUUCAAAUGGAGGAGGCCGGAAGAUGCCUCUGUAUCUGAGAUCAGAACAAAAGUCGUCAAACUUAUCAAUAAGAUGACAAAACUCCUCAUGGCUAGCGUAUGGAUCUCAACUGGAUUUCCAGUGCGAUUUACAGAGUUGAGUAUACUAUCUGUGGGCGGUACGUCCAGAAACCUGUAUAUCGACUCAGAUACUCGUCUCUUCUACUUCAGAGUGACGUAUAACAAAAACAAAAAGUUCGAUAACAGAAUAUUCAUGAUGGACCUACCAGUGACAAGGAACUUAUUCUGGUUUGUGUACAUUUUACGUCCGUUUGAGAUCGAAUUGCUGAGCAAGGUAUUGGACGUGAUGGACAGUAGCAUGCUUAUUGGCCAUUUCGCAAAUGCCGUUCGUCAAGAAAUUGAGGAUGAAGCUGAAGAGCUGUUAGCUACUGAUGGUGACGAGUUCAAUGAGGAGACCAACCAGUUGGUCGAAACGAGUGAAGCAUUGAUCGAGGAACUCAGGGCAAAACAGGCUGCUGGGUUGGCUAUUAUGUGCACGUUUAUUUUUGUGGAUGUUGAGAGGUUCAAGUUGGUGACUCUUUCUAUUUUUAAUGGCAUUUUGUUGAAGUACCCAAAGAAAAGAAGUGCAAGGGAGAAUAUGAAAAUUAGCGACUUGAGACAAUGCCUUGCUGGUUUGUGGAAGCGUAUAAUAAGGCCUUCUUUAGAAGGUGACGUCGUGCCGGUACGUACGCCAGCAUUAUUUGGACACAGCAAGCAAACCCACGAGGUUGUUUAUGGUGUAAAUCCAAGUAGAGACUUUCCAACAAACGGCAGUUUCGAUAAUUACUAUGCUUACAAAAAACUGGCGCAAGAAUUUCAAUCAUUAACACAGUACACCCUUGUACAGACAAAACGUACUUUUGAGGCUCUUGCUGUAGAACCACAGGAACGUCAGUGCCAUGAGCCCGAGGCAGGAAUAUAUGAUCUGUUGAAAGCAGACGGUGAACUGUUUGAGGACUUUGAGUUUAAAAGCUCAGCUCAAGAGAGAUUCACUAGUGCUGUUCUGAAUUCUAAUGAACGUUUCUGGCCCUUCAACAGUCACCGCCUUUGGAAAAUCUUUAACAUUUAUUCUGUACCUUUACAUAGAAUAUGCCUUUCAAAUAUUUAUAGUGCGAAAAUGCCCUUCAAAUACUAA